AUGGGACUGAAAAGAGGCAAGGAUGUCCAGCCUUUGGUGACGCGUAAAAAGCAAAGAAAGCUAAAGAAGAAGCGGUACGAGGCUCCUGAUGCGAUGGGGGAAGGAAACUACGAUGUUCUUGACGUUGAGGAAGAUGAGCCUGAGAAAAGCGACGAUAUCAUCCUUGUGGACUCUGACGACGAGAGGGGUCUGGAUGGCGGUAUUGUUGUUGUUUCCGAUGGCGAGGGUGAGGACGAAAAAUCGGAAGCAGCUCCAGCGCUGUUGCCCCAAAAACCAGACUCCAAGAAGCCCGAGACUCCAAACGGGAAACCGGAAAACGACAUUGUGAAGGGCUCCGAUUUCAUCGAGUUUGGCUUCAGCUCGUCAGAGUCUGAGCACGAUGACGAGGACCAUUACUCUGACGACGGCAUUCUCAGUGACGACAACUCCGGCACUCAUCAUGUGAGUCUACAAAGCAAACUGGCAUUCCCAUGGGUAAAGGGCCACGACCACUCCAAACAGAAGGAGAUCGCCGACUGGCUCACACUUGAAAUAAAGGAUUUCGUCAACUACAUCUCGCCGUCAUCGCAAGAAAUAACAAACAGAAACACCCUCGUGAACAACCUCAAGAAGAAGAUCUCAGAAUUUUGGCCCAAAACCCAGGCACACGUGUUUGGCUCCUGUGCAACCGACUUGUAUCUUCCGGGCUCCGAUAUUGACAUGGUCAUCAUCUCGACUACAGGCGACUACGAGCAGAGACAGCGGUUGUACUCGCUUGCAUCUCAUCUACGUAAAAACCAACUAGCCAAGAACAUCGAAGUCAUCGCCACGGCAAAAGUGCCCAUCAUCAAGUUUGUCGACCCCACCUUCAACAUCCACGUCGACAUUUCUUUCGAAAGAAGUAACGGUCUAGAUGCCGCCAGAAGGAUACGCAGGUGGUUAGAUCUUACGCCGGGUCUUCGAGAGUUGGUACUCAUCAUAAAGCAAUUCCUCCGAUCGAGAAAGCUCAAUAACGUGCAUGUGGGUGGUCUUGGUGGUUACGCCACGAUCAUUAUGGUAUACCACUUCCUCAAACUCCAUCCCCGAGUGUCUACAGGCAACAUCUCCGUCAUGGACAACUUGGGCACGUUGUUGAUUGAGUUUUUCGAGCUCUACGGACGGAACUUUUCGUACGACGACUUGAUCAUCGCCAUAAACUGCGACGACGACACGCCGAAGUACCUACUCAAAUCGAGACAUCCUGCUCUCACAACGGGCAGAGGUGUAUUUUCUAUUAUCAUCCAGGAUCCCUCGGACCCGUUGAACAACAUCACCAGAUCAUCAUACAACCUCCGAGACAUCAAGAAGGCCUUCGGAGGUGCAUACCAGUUGCUCGUGGACAAGUGCUACGAGCUCAACGGCGCCAGCUACCGUAACCGAAUCAACCAGCUGAUCCUUGGCGAUAUCAUCAAGUACCGCGGCAAAGACAGAGACUUCAACGACGACAGACACAAGGUGGCCAACCACGCGUUGAUCGAACACGAGGAGGACGAAGAAGACGAGGAAAGCGACGGCGCUGACGGCAACGACAAGUACUACUUCUCGGACAUGACGCUGGAAAGCGACGAGGAGCCUCCACGGAAGAAAGCCAAGGCCGCUCCAGCGGAACCACCGGCCAAUGGCAAGCCCGAGCCCAAAGUGGUGAAGCAGGCAGCACAGAGCAUUCCCGAGAAAGCGCCCAACGGCCCCAAAGCGCUGGUGGCCGAGUUGAUGAGUGUCAACGACAGCGAAGGCGACGACAACAAGGGCGAGGCCGGCGAGGCCGGCGAGGAGGACGACGCCAAGGAGUACAACAAGUACGUGAAGCGGGAGUACUGGAAGCUGAAGGGGUUGGAAACCAGCAUAUAA